UCUUACAAAUUGGGUUAGAGAGGAGAGGAGUUAGUUUUUACAAUUUGGGUUUUCUUUCAUUUGGUUUGGCAUACCAAGAAGCUUUGGGCGGUCCCUUUCUCUUAUUCAUAAUCAUCAUAUUGAGCAGAAUAGAACGACACGAAGAAGAAGAAGAAGAAGAAGAAGGAAAAACGAAAAUGAAGAAGUAAGUAACAAUGGCGGACAACGGAGAUAGCAGCGACACUCAUCUAGAGCGUCUAGAGCAGGAGGAGGCCUUGGUCGCUCUCAUCGACCAUCGUACACGCGAAGUUCAACAUCUCCGCAACCGCCUCUCCUAUUACCAAUCUCAGCUUGAAGAAGCAGAGAAAAGGUUGCUUGAUUCAGAAACUAAGUUGGCUCGUCUCCGAGGUGCAGUGUCAUCUAAGAAAAAUGCAGAUAACGGACAUAAAAGUAUUAAGAUGGAGCGCCGAUCAGUUAGUCCUUCUCAUCAAAAUGAAAGCUCCAGCAAACAACUUCAAUCUAAAUCAAUAGUUGAUAAUGGAACCAAAAGUGUGAAAGUGGAGCGCAGAUCAUCAAGUCCAGUUCGGAAUAAUGAAAAUUCUUCUAGAAAACAAUUACAAUCUAAACCAGAACUUUUAAUUCCUGCUGUUACUCCAAAAACUUCCCAACCUUUAGUGUCAUCAGGCUCUAAAACUUCACGUAGCUCCACUGUGCAAGCCAGUUCAUCUGUCUCCAAUCUCUCCAACAGUGCUGUCAAAGCAAAAGGAGACAAAUCUUCAAGAAUAUAUUCUGAACGGGAAACUACUAAAACCCAUGAGAAGGAGAAAGGGACUAAAAGAAAAUUUGAACAGAAGGAGCAUAAAGAAUUGAUUCCGUUGGUACGUAAUAGCUCUAAACCAUGCAUUAUUCGGUGUGACACUAGCAAUCACAUCUCAAGUCAGCACAAGAGAAAAUUGAGAGCUCUUGCUUUAUGUCCAGUAAAUGAUCAGCUUUUUGUAACAAGUGCUUUGGAUGGAGCAGUCAGUUUUUGGCAAGUGCAAGCCAGGGGUUCAGGUGCAUCUCUGCUUAGUACUACUGAUUGUGCAUCCCAAAAACGAAGGAGAUGGCCAGAAGAUAUAGCUUGGCACCCGGAUGGAACUAGUUUAUUUUCUGCAUAUAGUGCCGAUGAUGGAGAUUCUCAGAUAUCUGUGCUAGAUUUGAAUAGAACACAAGGGAAGGCGCGCGUCACAUUUUUGGAUGAUAAGCCUCAUGUGAAGGGUAUUAUCAAUAGUAUAAUUUUCAUGCCAUGGGAAAAUUCUCAGUUUGUUACUGGCGGUAGUGAUCAUGCUGUUAUGCUAUGGGAAGAGAAAGAUGACAAUAUUUGGAAGUCAAAGCCAUUGCACAGGAAUUUUCAUUCGUCUGCUGUAAUGGGAGUUGCCGGGAUGCAACAGAAGCAUAUUGUACUAUCUGUUGGGGCGGACAAGAGAAUUAUUGGCUUUGAUGCUAAUGUGGGAAGAGCAGAGUUCAAGCAUCAGAUAGAAAGUAAAUGCAUGAGUGUGUUGCCAAAUCCAUGUGACUUUAAUCUAUUCAUGGUUCAUGCUGGGACUCUGGAGAGGCAGCUUCGUCUGUUUGACAUCAGACUGAGACAAACAGAAAUCCAUGCUUUUGGGUGGAAGCAAGAAAGCAGUGAAUCUCAAUCAGCUCUGAUAAAUCAGUCAUGGUCUCCUGAUGGCUUAUACAUUACAUCUGGCUCUGCAGAUCCCAUGAUUCACAUAUUUGAUAUUAGGUACAAUGCAAGCAAACCAUCUCAAUCCAUUAGAGCUCAUCACAAACGGGUUUUCAAAGCCGUUUGGCUUCAAUCCCUUCCGCUUCUCAUUUCUAUAUCAUCUGAUCUAAACAUCGGAUUGCAUAAGGUCACUUAGAACUUUAUAUAAAAGUUACUCAUCUCGUUCCCCUAACAACAAAUCUUUCUCUCUUUUUUGUUCUUUUAUUUACUAUUUUUAUUUUCCUAUCUUCGGAUAGGCAGAGGCAGAGCCAUCAUGUGUCAAUUUUGCAUGAUAUCCCCCUUUCUGCUUCAUUUUUUGGGGGUGUGGCUUUGCCUUUUUAGCAAGGGGAUAUUGAAGUAUCUACAAAAGAACAUAGAAUGAUGUCCACUAAAUUGGAAAAUAAAUAUAAGAGUUGUUUGAAAGAAAA